CCCCCGCAGAAUUCUCCGCGUCUCGAACAGUUUUGCCAUCUUUAAUCCAUGACCACCUUCCUCAUCUUCCUUCUCCUCUUCUCUUUCCAUUCUUCUUCUAAUUUCUCUUGAUAUAAAACUUUUCCCACCGAAACCAGAAAGACAAAGAGAAUAAUCACCAACACAAUUGGAGAAGGAAGAAGAAGAAAGAAAAAGAGAGAUGUCCAAGUUUUUGGCUGUGUAUUUAAAUCGAUGAAAAAAUAAUGAAAUUUUCUCGAUUUUCUUAACUGUGUAUUCUUUCUUUCUUUGUAUCCAAAUUUUGUUUUAUUGACAGCAUUGAGUGUGUCAUCCUCUGAUGGCACGGAUGAAGAUGAGAUCCAACACCAUAACCUUCGUCCUCAUCAUUACUUUGAGUUUUCUUCUUAGCCUUGGAAUGGAGGCGCCAACAACAACAACAACAAUGUUAUGGGCGCAACGGUGGUUAUUCCUCCUGCAACCAGCGUCCAUGAGUUGCUUGAAUGUCCCGUUUGCACCAAUUCAAUCAGAUUUCUUGCAGUGCCAUAAUGGGCAUACAUUAAACAAGGGUGCACAAUCGGUGUCCCACUUGUAGACAAGAGCUUGGAGAUAUUAGGUGUCUGGUGCUGGAAAAGGUGGCUGAAUCACUCUAGUUACCUUGCAAGUACUACUCCCUUAGAUAUCCAGAAAUAUUUCCAUACUACAGCAAGCUGAAGCAUGAGACAGAAUGCAAUUUCAGAUCAUACAAUUGUCCUUAUGCUGGAUCAGAGUGCUCUGUUGCCGGGAACAUUCCUUUCCUUGUUGCACAUCUGCACAGGAUGCAUAUUCAACCACCGCUAUGUAAAAUCAAAUCCCCGUGAAGUUGAGAAUGCACAUGGAUGCUCAUGGAUUCCCCUGUAUUCAGUUUUAUCAACAGUUUGUCGCCUAUAAAGCCCGUGAAGUCUGCCCAGAUUGGUCAAACAUUCAGCUCGCUUAGCUUUCCUUCCCCUCCGCGUGCUUUUACUUCAUCCAAUCUCACCUGUUUCAAGGAAUCAAAAGUUCUCAGGAGGCAUAACCCUUUUGGGGCAUCAAGGCCUGGGUUGUCAUCUGAAGAUGGUAAUAAAUUUCAGACAAGUGAAGAGGCUAUUGCAGAUUCAUUUCAUCCAUAUAAUAACUCGAGGGAAUCUCAGGGAAAUUUUCAUGAUGGAAUAUCUGUAGUUGAUGAUUCGAUUGCUCUACCUGGUGAGCACACAGACUUCUCAGCUGAGAUACUACAGGCCUUAAAUUAUAAUAAUUGUGGUAACCCUGGCUCUGAUCCUGGUCAUGAGGCUAACUCUCUUGAAGUCUUUAAUCAGGGGUUGUGUCAAUUUGAUCCGAAGGGCCAAGAAUCAGAGUGUAAUUGGGAUAAUUUAAUCUCUGGAGAUACUGAUUUCUUCGUUUUCAAUUCCCCAAAUGACGCAGCUUUUAAGGGUAUAAUGCAGAAACCAGAUUCUCAUUUUAUGUCUCUGGUACCGGAAUCUUCCAUAUAUAAUGGUCUGAGAGAUAGCAAACUUAAAAUAGAAGAUUAUCGUCUUGAGCCUUUAGCAAUCACAGGCCAAAUGCAGGACAAACACUGCGUUGCCAUGACUAGCAAAAUAAAGGAAAAACCAGAUGUUGAGCUUGUUUCUGUGAUGAACCGUGGUACACGGAGGCGAUGUCUAAACUUUGAGACUGACAGUGUGCAAAGGAAGAACUCAGAUGAUAAUUUAAAAUCCGGUUCUCUUGGAUAUGAAAAACAAUUGGUUUCUGCAAAACGCAAAAGCAGUUCACAGCAAUGCACUAUGCCUGCAGUUGGCUUACAUUUGAAUGCACCCGACAAAGAAGUCAUAAGUAAUGACGAGUCCUCUUGUGGAAUUCAUCUUAAUGUUCCCAGUUGCACUUCCGUGCAAAUCUAUACCAGCUAUGAACAUCAGGAACCACUGGCAAUAGGAGUGGAUUCAUCAAACAUUGGGCCUGAGCCAGCUAAGGAUAAUUCUCAUGCAUUAUAUUCCACUGUUAAUGAUGUCAGUCAGAAUAGUCCCAAAAAGAAAAGACAUGGAGACUGCAAGCGUUGCAAGUGCAAGAAAUCAAAGUGUUUGAAGUUAUAUUGUGAGUGCUUUGCUGCUCGGGCCUACUGCACAGGCAACUGCUCAUGUAAGGAUUGCUACAACAAACUUGUUCAUAAAGACAAAGUCAUUCAAGCUCGCAAGCAGAUCGAGUCUCGCAAUCCUCUGGCUUUUGCUCCUAAAGUCAUCGCUGAACCUGAAAUUGUGAAUUAUCCAAAUAAAACUCCAGCACCAGCACGACACAAGAGAGGAUGCAACUGUAAGCAAUCAGUCUGCCUAAAGAAAUACUGUGAAUGCUUUCAGGCUGGUGUUGGAUGCUCCUUAAGCUGUAGAUGUGAAGGGUGUAAGAACACAUUUGGUAGAAAGGACGGCGCUAAUUCUACAGGAGUAGAAGCCCAGCUAGAAGUAGAAACAGAGGCCUAUGGAAAAGUUGUUGAAAAAGUAUCACAGAGAAUUGAAGUUCAGAACUCCGAUAAUCAUCCAGAUUUUGUUCCAAUCUCUACGCCAUUCCCGCUGUUUAGUUCAUUGUCAGAGGGGAAACCAAACACUCGUUGGUCUCAACCACCUAAGCAUUCUCAAGCUGUUUCGGACCAGGAAAUGACAGAUGUUCUUGGAGGCCGAGGCAGAAGUGAUAGGUCUCCCAUGACCAUCAAAACUUCUUCUCCAAGUGGGAAGAGGAUUUCCACUUCUAAGGGUGACUUGACACUUUCUUUUCCUUCUCCUAAUCAUCAUCAAUAGCAGUGCUACAUUUUUUUAAUUGAUAGUCAAUAGUUAUUAGUUAGGUCUUUUUCGUUUCAGUUAGGUUAGUAGUUUGUAGCUUUAGGCAUAUAGAUGUUAUGAUUUAGGUUUAAGUAUAUUUUAGCUUUAGUUUUAUUUUAUUUGAGUUCCUUCAAUUAUUUAGUAUUUAUUUGAGUAAUGGUUAUAAUCUUUAUGAUCAUUCUAGUAAAUAAUCUCUACGGGUCUUUGUUAGAGAAAUUAUAAUUCUAUUUAUUGCUUCUGAAUCAGUGUUUAUAUAUAUAUAAUGGUUAUAAUCUUUAUAAUCAUUCUAGUAAAUAAUCUCUACAGGUUUCUGAUAGAGAAAUUAUAGUUUUAUAUUUAUUGUUUUUGAAUCAGUGUUUAUAUUAUAUAUAUUUCUACUAUUAUUACCA